CCCUUUUUAUUUUUUUUUUCUUUUUUUUUCCUUUUUUUUUUUUUUUUUUUUUUUGUUUUGUUUUUUCCUGUCAGAAAAAUUGCGGUACUGUAAGUAGGAACAGAAAAUUUAUAUUUAGAGAUGGAAAAAAAAUUAUGAUAAACAAUUUUGUGCUCAGAUAAACAAAUAUACCGCUGCCAAGACGUCUAUUUAAGAAACGUUAUUUAGUCACAAACAAGUGAUUUGCACAAGUAUUCAUGGUCCGUUAACAUCUUCACAUUUUGUCACAACUUUCCUGUCAGUUUCGGGGUUUUGUGCCGUAGACCAACACAAAGCAGAGCGAAAAAGCGAAAGAAAGAAAAAGCAAACAAAGGUUUUACUAUUAAAAACGUGAGAAAUGUCACAUGCAUUUUUCAUAAGCCCCCGCAGUCACUCCCAUUUUUGUCUUAAAGAAAAUUUCAAUCAGUUUUAUUCUUCCAAACUUUUUUGGGUUCCCCCCCCCCCCUUUUAUUUUUUUAUUACAAAAUAACUUAAAUUCUGUCAAACUAGGUGGAUAACAUAAGUCCACAUCCGCACCCCCAAAGAUUAUCAGUUUGAUUUAGGUUCAGGCUUUGACUAGGUCAUUCUAACACACAAUUAUUCUUUGAUCCAAACCGUUCAUUUAGCUCUGGCUGUGUCUUUAUCCAGGUGGAAGGUGAAACAUCUUCUCCAGUUUCGAGUGUUGCGCAGCUUUUAAAACGUUUUUCUUCCAGGGUCGCCUCGUGUUUAGCACCAUUCAUUUCCUGAGCAGGCACCACCUCAGCAUGAUGCUGUCACCACCAUGUUUCACUGUUGGGGUUUCUUCCACACUUCCUGAAUUCAGAAGAUUUUACUUCAGGGUAGCAGAGUAAAGGGGAAUGAGUGCAUAUAAGCAUUUUUCUUUGUAAAAUACUCGCGUUGGACUGCUCCACAAAACCUCAACAAAAUACAAAUGUGGAAAAAUUUCCAUGUGAAUGAAAGCGUUUUUUUUUGUUUGUUUUGUUUUUCUUUAAGGCGCCGGCCUCCUGUUGCAUCACGUUGUCAACGCAGAGCUUUUCAAUUUGCCGUUUCAAAUGCGCUUUUGUAUUUCCAUGAUUCAGCACAAUGUCAUUCUUUUCUCUGGCAGAUGAAGCUCUGAGCUUUUGUUCAUCAGUUUGCUCUUAUUUUCAGAUUUCUCUGAUUUCUUUUCAGCGGUAUUGAGUUAUCUUUUGGUUCACCCUGUUAGAGUGAGAAAACCCAUCACCUCUUCACACCUUUUUAUUACCAUUACUAUUAUUAUUAUUAUUAUUUUGAGGAGAAAAUAAAUGUUUAUAUGUCUCCCUUGGCUUUUUUUUCCUUUUGUGUGUGCAUCUUUUCCUACUGUGACUCAGAGGGGGCAAGACACAAUGUGUUGAAGUCACAGCUUCAGUGGAGAAAUAUUUAUAUACACAAAUUGACCACAAAGGUAUAAACAUGUGAAAAAAGAACAAAAAAUAAAACAGUAAACUCAAACACAGAAGUGAAAAUCAAUAAGAGAAGUGAGACUUUGGGGGGAGUAACAGUGGCUUUGUCCUGGAGAGAAAUGACAAAACGACAGACUUCACAGUCAAAUGGAGAAAUUAAAGAGAAACUCGCGUUAAGGUGGGACUUUGCAGCAUGCAGGAUGAAAGUGUUGGGGUGCGUACAGGUGGCGUGGCAGAGACUUCCCUGUUGUUCUGCGUCGGUAUGCGUCGCCCUACCUGCUGGGCCUGUUUGCUCUCCGGUCUGGUCGCUCGGCCCAUGACUAUAAUAGAGCUACUGCACCAACACCCCCCGGGAAAAAUAUCACAGAUGCCACAUCAUUUACUUCUUACACGCAUGGCAGGUUUGACUCGACAAGUCUAGCAGGUUCACGCGGCAUCGUGUCAGAGUGUGAAUAAAAUAAGGGGGUAAAAAAAACAAAGUGCAUGUGAAAAACAACAACAAAAAACUGUUUCCUCUUUAAACCUAUAUAAAUGAUUUUUAAACCAUUUAACUCGGCUAAAUGGACACUUGCAGGUCGUAAACAGCUGGAUUUGUGCGUCAGAGAAGAGGACAGGUGAGAUAAGAAAUGUAAACACAACCGUGGGCGUGUCCAAGGCUGUCUUUCCUUUCACACUCUCAGGUCGUAUAUAAUCCCUGCUGAACCUGGUGCUGCCCACACACACUGUGACACACACUUCACCUGUCUGGUGUUGCUGUGGGAAGAUUUCUCACCUUUAGACUGCAAACAAAGUUUCUUUCCUUCCGGGAGUCGUGAACUUCAACCUCACCUCUGGCCUUUUAAGAUCUUUUGUGUGUGUGUGUGUGUGUGGACGGCUGUGUCUUCAGAGCGAGUUAAAGCGGCGGGGUCAGAAUCGUUUUGAACUUGCUUCACACCUCUCCAGUCACUCUCCUGCUGCUGCAGGUGGACGUUCUUGGCUUUUCUGGUUUUGAAUCUUGGGCUUCACAUAUAAGCGCUGUGACUGUUGGGGUCUGUUUCGGAAAUCCGGGCGCGAUGAUGCAGGAGGUGUCCAUGGUGACGGCCUACGACGCCAGCGCUAUAGAGCAGAUGAGUGAAGAGGAGAUCCUCGCCUGUCUGGUCGCUGACACAGGGCCUACGUUCAAUGUCCCCACAAAGAAAGUGAAACUCGGGGAAAGUCGUCUUCAGAUCAUGGACGAUGACCCUGUGGACAAAUACUUGAAAGAAAACCGUCAGCUCCAGCAGGCCAGCCUUCGCCUGGAGCAGGAAAACGAUAGCUUGGCGCACAGACUAAUCACCAGCAAGGUUGCUUUGAGGAACUCUCUAGACGAGGCAGAAGACAGAGUAGACGAGCUAACCAAAGAGCUCCUUAAGAUCCAACAUCGACUGCAGGCAACUGAAGACGAGAAAAGAGGCAAAGAGGAAGAAGCUGCCAUGCUGAAGGAAGUGUUUCGGAGAGAGCUGGAGAGGGCUGAGCAGGAGAUUAAAAGAUCGUCCGGUAUCAUCUCCGACUACAAACAGAUCUGCUCUCAGCUGACGUCGCGUCUGGAGAGACAGGAAGCCGCCCACAGAGAAGAGUUGGAUGCACUCAAGAGCACAAUAGCGGCUUGUUCCCAGUGUCGACACGUUGCAGAAUCGAUCCCCACAGGCCACAGCGCUGACACACCAGUGCAUGUGGAGGCCGAACCGGGCGGGCGGGAGUCCGACGUAAGCCCCCGACAGGAAGACGGGAACGGGAAGGACCAGGAGAAGGAGUCUCUGAAGGCCCAGAUCAGAGAGCUGGAGAGGGAGCUGGUCCAGACCAAGCUGCAGGUGGUGGAGGCCAACUGCAAGAUUCAGGAGCUGGAGCACCAGAAGGGAGUCCUAGCCAACGAUCUCCAGGAAGCAAAAAACAACUGGAUCAGCAAGGCCUUGACGUCGCUGCGGACCACCGGGGCGGGGGGACACCAUGGCAUUGCCAUGCACCGAGAGGGCCUCCCCACCCUGAACUGGAACCUCCACAGCUCCUCCAUCUCAGGAUGGACUCCUAAGAAACUGUCAUGGCCUCACAAAGACAAUACAUAAAACGUUUGAAUGGCUGGAGUGCGUGUGUGCGCCGAUAACAUUCAUCUGGACGGAGAAGUACCUGAGAGUACAGGCGAUGAUGUCACAGGGUCUUUCUAUCGUUUUAAACGAACUGUAGCUUGUAAAUAUUCGUAUGUUUUCUUUAUCUAAUGUCAAAUACAUUAAUAAAAUGUUUGUGACCUCCUUACUGUGACGUAAA